AUGGUAUAUAGUAAAGCUAACAGUUACAGCAACCACACGGUUGUAUCUCGAUUAUUGCGCUUCGUGGAAACAACUGACUCCCGAAACGCGUUUCCCACUCGUCAAGUAUCAGAAUCGGCGGAGAAGUAAACGCUUCGAACAAUGUUCUCGGUUGUAGUGUUGGUUUUGAUGGUGUGUGGGAUACACGGAAAGCCCAUAGAUCGGUUGACAGACGAUCGGGCUAACAAGAUCGAUAAAGAAGGGAGACUAACAGAAGUGGAGAUAGUAGACGAAGAUGCCACUGUGACGUCAACUUUGAAAGACGGAGUAAAUCAAGAAACCACCACGGCGAAACCAAGUUUCAUCACCUGGUUCUUAACACCGUUAGCACAAAAUCUUCAAAUCAACCCUCAGAGUAUCCAGAAUAGUGUGACUCAGCUGAAAGAAAUAUUGAGCAAUCUUGGCUUACGUGGUCGUGGGGAAAUAAAAGGGAAGCAAUUAAGCAACGCGAAUAAUUUAUUGCAACUAGCAGGAGUGAACGAUUCCGGAUUCUACACGAAUAGAUUGGAUCCAGCUGGAUUUUUCGGCGGAAAUGGUUGGUUGGCGAAUAAAGGAGGAAUCUUAGGCGGACCAGGAGCAAUUCUUUCCACUGGCAACGUCCUCACUGACUACCCUACUGCUUACAGGCGGAAGUAG